GCGGGGGCGUGUUUGUUGUGGGAGCGCGGGGCUCCGCCCAGCGGCACUCCAGAAUGGAUGAGGGAAAGUAGAGCCCGCAAGCGGGCGGGCGAGCGAGGUUGCCUCGCCUCGGGAGUUUGGUUACGCGCCGAGCUUGGCCGGCCUUCGGGCAGCGCAGAGGGCGAGCCAAGGCCCGUGACUGAGGCGGACAGCUGGCAGCACAGCCUCUCCGAAGGGAACGGCGGGCUGCGAAGGUCUUUGGAGCCGCGGUGGCUCUCGCCCGGCUUUGCCUUGCAGUUGCAGUACUGCUGCUGCUGCUGCGACGCUUCGCAGGAUGUCUGGGGCGCUGGACUUUCGCCUCUUGUGCCUCAUCCUCUUCAGCCUUUGCCUCUGGGACAAUGCCGCCUUCAACCUGGAUGUCGCCGAGCCCGUCGUCAAGCGGGGAGAGAACGGCAGCUUCUUUGGCUUCUCCGUGGCGUUGCACCAGCAGCUCAGUCCGCAGCCCAUCGGCUGGCUGUUGGUGGGAGCGCCACAGGCUACCGCUUUGCCUGAUCAACAGGCCCAAAGAACGGGUGGCUUAUAUGCCUGUCCUUUGACCUACGAAACUAAGGACUGUGAGCGCGUGCCCAUUGAUGAUGGAGUUGACCUGAAGAAGGAGAGCAAGGAGAACCAGUGGCUGGGUGUUACUGUCAACAGCCAAGGCCCCGGAGGAAAGAUUGUGACCUGCGCUCACUUAUAUGAAGCACGCAACCGUGUGAAUGAGUCUCUGGAGACGAGGCACGUGAUUGGCCGUUGUUACGUACUCAGCGAAGGUCUGGAAGUGGCCGAUGAACUGGAUGGUGGCGAGUGGAAAUUCUGUCAAGGGCGCGAACAGGGGCACGAACGCUUUGGUUACUGCCAGCAGGGAAUAGCCACGGGCUUCACUGCAGAUAGGCAUUACAUCCUCUUUGGGGCACCUGGCACAUACAACUGGAAGGGGACCAUACGGGCAGAGCUGAGUGUCUUGGAUUUCAGUCACUACGACGAUGGGCCGUAUGAAGCCGGGGGAGAAAAGGACCAGGACCCCUCGCUCAUCCCCUUGCCAGCUCACAGCUACCUCGGGAUAUUGUUUGUGACAAACAUUGAUAGCUCAGACCCUGAUCAGUUGGUCUAUAAAACGCCAGAUACCAGCGAACGGGUCCCCGGGACUGUUGGAGACGUAGCCCAGAAUAGCUACUUAGGCUUUUCUAUAGACUCUGGAGUGGGGAUAACCAGGAAGAAUGAGCUGAGCUUUGUAACAGGGGCACCCCGAGCAAAUCACAUUGGAUCCGUGGUGAUCCUGCAUCAAGACAACGUUAACCGCUUAGUGCCUGAGGUUAUCCUCUCAGGAGAGAAGCUGGCUUCGUCCUUUGGCUACUCUCUGGCUGUAGUAGAUCUCAAUCAUGAUGGAUGGAUGGACUUGGUGGUUGGAGCACCAAACUUCUUCGAUCGAAAGGAAAGAAUCGGGGGUGCCGUCUACGUUUACAUCAACCAGGCAGGGCGCUGGGAAAACAUCCUCCCCAUUCGCCUCAAUGGCACCUCAGACUCCCUGUUUGGCAUCACAGUGGGUGCCAUUGGGGAUCUCAACCAAGAUGGUUUUCAAGACUUUGCGGUUGGAGCACCUCUGGAUGGUGAUGGGAAAGUCUACAUCUACCAUGGCAGUAACUUGGGAAUUGUGACAAAACCUGCUCAGAUCCUGACCGGGGAGAGUGUUGGCAUCAAGAUGUUUGGCUAUUCCUUUUCUGGAGGGCUGGAUAUUGAUGGCAACUUUUAUCCAGAUCUCCUAGUGGGCUCGCUGUCCGACACAGUAGUAUUGUACAGAUCCAGACCUGUCAUCCAUAUUUCCAGAAAUAUCACUGCCAACCCCCAAAACGUCGACCUGGAGAAUGUUAACUGCCGCUAUAUGGAGGGCAUCUGUGUGGAAAUACAAGCCUGUUUCAGCUAUACAGCCAACCCUUCAAGCUAUAGCCCACCCAUCAGACUUGAAUACAGUUUUGAGGCUGAUGGUGACCGCCGGCAACAAGGAAAAAGUUCUAGAGUCUUUUUCCGAUAUCAGAAGGCCAAAGACCUUGAGCAUCAGUACUCUGGAAUACUGGAGCUGCCCAAACAACAAUCAAAGGCUUGCACAAAGGCCACACUGCAGCUGAAGGAGCAAGUCCGGGACAAGCUCCAUCCCAUUGUUGUGACGAUGACCUACAACAUCAAGCAUGGCCGCAGCAGACGCCAGAUCCCAGGGACUACCCUGGGGCCCCUCUUGCCUGUACUGAAUGCCGUGCCACACAACUCUCAGAGGAUUGAGGUCAAUUUCCUCAAGCAAGGAUGCGGGGAGGAUAAAAUCUGCCAAAGCAACCUGCAGCUGAAAUACAAGUUCCACUCCCGUGUUGAUGAUGCUGUAUUCCAACCUCUACCCAGAGGUGAUGACGGCUUGGAUGUUUUUUCUAUGAGUGAUCAGAAAGGCAUAGCCCUUGGAAUCUCGAUCACCAACUUUCCUUCAGACGCUGCCGAGCCGCAGCGGGAUGGCGAUGAUGCCCAUGAAGCCAUGCUGCUUAUCUCACUGCCAUCUACUUUGACCUAUGCUAGUCUGCGGCACUACAAUGCAACGGAGAAGAUCCCAAUCCGUGUGUCUACCCAAAAUGCUACAUAUGUGGAAUGCGAACUUGGCAACCCCAUGAAACGUGGAGCACAGUUUCGGUUCUACCUUGUUCUGGGUACCUCAGGCAUUACCUUGGAGACCACAGAACUGGAAGUAAACCUAGAAUUGACCACGAUCUCCGAACAGCCUGCGUUGGCCCCAGUGGCAGCUCGAGCCCGAGUGAUCAUGGAGCUACCUCUCUCAAUUACUGGACUGCCCGAACCAAAGCAACUCUUCUUCAGUGGGGUGGUCCGGGGCGAAAGCGCCAUGAAGAAGGAAAGUGAUGUGGGCAGCCCGGUGAGCUUCAAUGUGACGGUCUCGAACAGAGGCCAAUCCUUGAGCACCCUGGGCUCUGCCUUCCUCUACCUCAUGUGGCCCUAUGAAAUUUCAAAUGGAAAAUGGCUUCUUUAUCCCCUUAAGAUGGAGUUAUUGAGCCAUUCCCAGCAUCGUUCAACCUGCACCCCUAAUCCUAACCCCCUGGGCCUGGCUCUGGAACCACCUCCUCAACGAAGGAAGAAACGUGAGACUGAGCAGGCAGAAAUGUCUAGCCCCUCACUGACUUAUUGGAAAGGACGAAAAAAUGCUACCUUAGACUGUGUGUUGGGCACUGCUCGAUGUCUGCUAUACAAAUGCCCCCUCUACAGUUUUGAGCGUUCAGCUGUGCUCACCAUCUGGGCCCGUCUCUGGAACAGCACCUUCCUGGAGGAAUUUGCUCAUAUGACAUCAGUGGAGGUGAUUGUUCGUGCCAACAUCUCAGUGAGCUCCACUAUUCGCAACCUGGUCCUAAGAGAUGCCACGACCCAGAUUCCAGUGACUGUCUACUUGGAUCCUGUUGUGGCCUUGACACGAGGUGUGCCCUGGUGGAUUAUCCUCAUUGCAGUACUAGCUGGAAUCCUAGUCCUGGGCCUGUUAGUCUCCAUCUUAUGGAAGCUUGGCUUCUUCAAACGUGCCCACUAUGAGAAAGCCAAGCUACCCCAGUACCAUGCAAUCAAGAUUCCCCGCCAGGAGCGCCAGCUUUUUCAUGAGGAGAAGACAGGCACCAUCACCAAGAAAGACUGGGUCACUAGCUGGAGUGGAGACAGUGAUGGCCACGUUCCCGUUUCAACCUAGUCACUUCCCUCUUCUUGCAUGUUCCUGGCGAUAAGAAGGCUGCUUCGUAAGGAGGGACCUUUUAGUGGCACCAGCCGAGCUCACUGGAGCUGUGCUCUUGGCGUGCUUUUCUCUCUACGUGUUGUGUAGGCACCGGAUGACCCUUUAAGCGGAGGUACAGCAGACACUUGGGGGAACUGAUGCUUAACGGUGGAAGUUGUGCCGAUGGAUUUGACAAGGCCAAACCUUUGAAGAGUUUUUACUUCCAGGGAUUUUGAAUUUUCUUGUAAAGCUGAGCAGUAUCUGAUGAGGAAAAAAAAAAGAGCCAGCAUCUAUCUGAAGAAAUGCUCUCUCGGUCAUCAGCCAGGGUGAAAAGACCAAUGAACUGCGCACCCUGAUGUUGAGAGCUGGAACUGCAUCUACCUUUGGGUAUGUGGGCCAUCAAGUCGACCUUGACUCUAAGGACAAGUCUCCGCAGUUUUCUUGGCAACAUUUUCAGAAGUGACUUACCGGUACCAUUUUUCUACAGCCGGGGACACCACUGCAAGAACAGCAGGAAUAUGUUGCAGGAUUUGGUCCUUUGAAAAUGAGAAGUGGGUUGCUUGAGCAGCAUAAAGGGACUCAAAGCCUCUCUAUGUGUGUAUGUGUGGUUGUGUGUGGUUGUGUGUGUGUGUGUGUGUGUGUGUAUGCUUGCGCACGGGUGUAUGCGCAUGCAGAGGAUGAGUGAGUGACAGAAACUGCCUUCUUUUGAGCAUGAUUGCUGCCUUCCUGCCAUCUUUUUAGUAGUUUUCAUUGUCUUAAUUCAUAUUAGAAGCACUAGAAGAAUAGUCAGUUGAAUGUGAUAGGACAGGCUUUCAGUAUCAAAGGUUCUUAUUACUAUGUUUAAAGGCAAUACUAAAAUAUCUCUUGGUUGCUUGUCUUCUUCCCCGAAAAAGGCCCAUCCCUAUCCAAUCAAUAGAUGUCUGUCUGAUUUCUAUCUCUGUCAUAAACAAACACACAUAUACUCACAUCUCUCUACCCAUUGAUUUCCUUCCUUCCUUCCUCUCCUUUCCCCUUUCCUUUCCUUUCCCAUCAGAACACAGCAACCUACCUCAUCAAUUUACUGUGAGGCUAGAGCUGAUAAGCAAUACUUAUCAGAAAGGUCAGAUGAAUUUUGAAUAGCAGAACUAACCAAGUUCAAUGGAAAGUCAUACCCUCCCAAAAUAAAGCCCAAUUCUAGCAAUUACUAUGCCUGCUCAUCUGCACUGCCUUUCUGGCCUUUAUGCUUAAUGGAGAUGCAAAACCAUUUUUAUGCCACAAAAAACCAAAAAAGAUAAAAGAAGAAUGCUGCAUGUGAUAGAGGCUGGCUUCUCAUCAAAAUUAUUAAAUGGCUUCACUACUUUAGAA